AUGAGUGUAUACUUUGCUCAAGGCAGCCCUAGUAGAGAAUCAGGUGUAGUAAGUGACUGUGACACUAUGGCCGAACUAGCUGCCCUACUUAGAUCAGAAAUACCUGAAGGGCGUAGCAACCUCACAGAAAAUCACACCAACCUACAGAGGGUUGCAGAGUAUUGUGAAGCCAACUAUUUCCAAAAUGACAGCAAGAGAAUGGCUCUGGAGGAGACAAAAAACUAUACCACCCAGUCAUUAGCUAGUGUAGCUUAUCAAAUCAACACUCUGGCUUAUAACUUCCUGCAGUUACUUGAACUACAAACUGCUCAGCUAGCAGAAAUGGAGAGUCAAAUGAACCAUAUUUCACAGACUGUAGCUAUACACAAGGAAAAGGUGGCAAGAAGAGAGAUUGGUGUUCUAACUGCUAAUAAAUCAACUAAUAGGCAGUACAAAAUUAUUGCUCCUGCUAAUCCUGAAAAACCAAUAAAGUAUCUGAGGAAACCCAUUGAUUAUACAAUUUUCGAUGACAUCGGCCACGGUGUCCGAAGCGGCGGCACGCCCAGACAGAAGCAGAGGGGCUCCAGCCAGGGCAGCAUCCAGUCCCUCAACUCGAUGGGCGGGAACCCGAUGGUGGGGCCCGCGCCCACCACCAAACCGCCUACGCCACCUCAAGUGUCCAGAACUUCCAGUAAAGUUUCAGUUUCUGGUGGCACAUUGAGCAAAGGAAGUCGGGAAUACAGAACUCCUCCAGCAGUUGCUCCUCCACAGGUGCCCAGCCACUAUGCGCCCAACUACCCCAUCGGCCACCCGAGGCGCGAACAGCAGCGCGGCCCCGGCUACGGCACGCUGCCCCUGGCCCACGUGGGCCUGCCCGCGGCCGCGCCGCAAGUGGGCACGGUGCACCCGCAGCAACAGGCGGUGCAGCCGCAGACGCCACCCCCGCCGCCGCCGCCCAACGCGCCCCAGGGCGGAGGGUACGGGCAGGACCACCAUAUGAGCAUGCCGCCUCCCCCCUCUCCGCUCAUCAACACCCAAGACAUGCUGCUCUCGUCCAACCAGCACCACCCCAUGAUGACGAUGGGCGGCCAUCUGGGCCCCGUGCCCCUGGGCAGCCUCGGCAUGCACACCCUGUCGCACGCCCAGGGCUACCGCAUGUCGCAGGCGCUGGCCCACAACCUGGGCAUGAGGCAGGGCGUGGGCAGAGAUAUGGGCGUGGGUGGAGAUAUGGGCGUGGGCAGAGAUAUGGGCGUGGGUGGAGGCGGGGCGAGGUCGCCGCCCCUACCUCCGCCGCCGCCGCCCGAGGAGGAGGAGGAGCACGAAGCGGCGUUCGGGCGGCCGAGGAGUCAGGGCGGCGGGGUUAUGCCCAUCGUGCCCGAUGAGGAGGAUUUGCCUGGUUGGGUGCCCAAGAAUUAUAUUGAGAAAGUUGUCGCCAUAUACGACUACUAUGCAGACAAGGACGACGAGCUCAGCUUCCAAGAGAGCUCCGUCAUCUACAUCCUGAAGAAGAACGACGACGGCUGGUGGGAGGGGGUGAUGGACGGCAUCACAGGCCUCUUUCCCGGAAACUACGUCGAACCUUGCGUUUGA